AUGAUUGUUCCCGCCCUCAUCCACAACAUUCUCAUCGUUCAUCAGGCGGAGUGUUCUGACGUCGACGACAAGGCCAAUCUAGUUUGUUUCCACCACAGCACCAGCCAAAGCCCCCACUAUGAACCGACCACCCAGCAGACAACAAUAACCCCUGGCCUCCUGAAGGCGCGUAAAAACCAGGCACGCCUCGUCAUGGACGGUGACGAGUACGAGACGAUGACGUCAGCCAACCUGUCCAGCACCCUCCCGCCCUCCAGCUCCACGGAGGUGGAUGACGUCACGGCCAACGUGACGUCACGGCCGGUGUAUGCCAUGAGUGACGAGGACAGGGAGAAGAUUAUCAUCAUAGCCGUUAUCAUGGGAUUCACUCUGAUCGGCAACAUGACUCUGAUCCUAGCACUGCUGGUCAAGCGGUCACUUCGGGUGAAGCGAGUGAACAUCUUGUUGAUCAACCUGGCCUUUGGAGACCUGGCGGUGGCGCUCUUCGUCAACUCUGUGGAGAUUCUAUUUAUAGCCUUCGGCGACUGGGCCCUGGGUCCGGUUAUGUGCAAGAUCAGCGUCUACGUGCAGGUGAGAGUGUU